AUGGCGAGCGCGGGGCGGCUGCACGACCUGGACCUCAGCGCCGAGGAGGCGGAGCGGCUCCGGCGCGCCUUCCGCGACGAGCAGUUCCGCGCUCUGUUCGCGGAGUUCGCGGCCGAGCUCACCGACCCCGAGCAGCGGCGGCUGUACGAGGAGGAGGUGGCGGCGCUGGAGCGGGAGCGCGGCGUGGAGGUGCGCUUCGUGCACCCGACGCCGGGCUUUGUUCUGAGGACCAGCCAGGAGGGCUCCCGCCGCUGCUACAUCAAUGUCUGCAGCAACCCUCUGAUGGGGGAGCCGCGGGCCCGCGCCGAGCGCGGCGGGCAGCGCUGGGAGCUGCCUUACAGCCUGGCCCCGGGCCGCGAGGAGCUGCGCCCCGCCGGCCGCCGCCGCCUCCUGUACGACGUGGUGUUCCACCCCGCGGCGCUGCGCCUGGCCGCCCGCAGCGCCCGCUUCCACCGCCUGCUCCGCGACACGGCGCUGGAGGCCGUGGAGAGCCAGUGCGGGGUGCGGCUGGACCGCAACAACGCCGCCGUCCUGCGAGGAAUCUCCUACAAGGGCAUCCCGCAGGCGCCCGUCAUCCGCUCCCCGCUGCCCGGCGGCGCCCCGAAGCCGCCCGACGACGGCGAGUCCCCGCUGCCGCCCUUCCCCUUCCCGCCCGCCGCCGCCCCGCCGCCCGCCGCCGCCGCCCGAGGCUCCGCGCCCGCCGCGCCCCCGCCGCCCUCCGGCCCCACCACGCCGCGCUGGAGCAUCCGGCACCGCUCCUACGUGGACCUGCAGGACUACCGGCACAGCCGCGACUCAGCGCCCAGCCCGGUGCCCCGGGAGCUGGUGGUGACGGUGGAGCUGCCGCUGCUGCGCUCCGCCGAGCAGGCGGAGCUGGAGAUCCGCGGGCGGGAGCUGCGGCUGGACUCGCAGUGUCCCGCCUACCGCCUGCGCCUCCGCCUCCCCUACGACGUGGACGAGAGCGGCGGCCGGGCCGCCUUCAACCGGGCCCAGCGGCAGCUGCAGGUCACGCUGCCCGUGGUGCUGCCGCCCGGCCCGACCGGGGAGCGGCUGGAGGAGGCCGAGGGGCCGGCGGAGGCGGAGGCAGCGCCGGCAGAGGCGGGCGGCGGAGCGGCUCCUCCCCCGGAACUCGGGCCUGGCGGCGCGGCCCGGGGCACGUGUGGCGGCGGGGAGCCCGGUGAUCCGCUCACCGAACCCCCGGCUGAUCCUGACCCACUUUGUGAUCCUCCCGCUGCUCCGUCUGCCGAGCCCCUCGCUGAACCACCCCUAGAGCCACUCUGUGACCCACCCGCUGAACUCUCGGGUGAACCUCCCGUUGGUCCAACCUCUGAACCCUUUGCUGACUCCCCCGCUGAACCUGGCCCUGAUCCAACUUCUGCACCCCCUACUGAACCUGCUACUGAUCCAACCUGUGAACCCCCCGCUGAAUCUGCCACUGAUCCAACCUCUGAACCAGCCACUGAUCCAACCUCUGAAUCUGACACUGAUCCAACCUCUGAACACCCUGCUGAACCUCCCGUUGGUCCAACCUCUGAACCCUUUGCUGACUCUCCUGCUGAACCCCCCACUGAACCCGCCGCUGAUCCAACCUCUGAAGCCCCCACUGAACCUGCCCCUGGUCCAACCUCUGAUCCCCGCUCUGAGCCCUUCGCCGCCGCUGAUCCCCCCGCAGAAUCCCCCACCGAGCCCCCGGCCCUGCCCUGCUCCGGCGCCGCUUCCCCCAUCGCCAUCCCCGAUCCAGCCAUGCCCACCGGGGACCCCCCUCCGCCGGCCUCCGAGGGCCCUCCCAUGGAAUCGGCCACAUGCCCUCCGUUCCGUGCCCGGCAGGACGAGGUGUCCCUCACGCUGCUCCUGCUGGUGCCCGGCAUUCAGCCCCAGAGCCUCCGCGGCGAUUUGGGCACCCACCACUACAGUCUCCGCUUCCGCACCGACGGCGCUGCCUUCGCCCUGUUCCUGCGCUUCCCUCCCUCCGCAGCGCUGCUGAGCCCCGAGAGCAGCGUCAGCAUCUCUGCCCACAACGCCGUGGUGGGGCUGGCCAAGGCCCCCGGCAGCACCGGGCUCUGGGACAGCUUCAGCUUCGGCCCCGCGCCCUCCGCUCUGCAGGAGAGGUUGUUUGUCAGUGAGGAGAACGUUGAUGGAUUUCUAGGCACUGCUUUGUGCCCUUCCCCUUGCUCCCAAUCAGCCCUGGAAAGGCAGCCAUUAAUUGAAGUGCUGGAUGUUACUGAGAACAGAAUUCAAAUCAGGGUGGAGCCACAGGAACGUGAUGGACGAGGAACUCUUGGCAGCUCGGGGGGAGCCCUUGCUGGACAGACCGACAGCAACCACCCCGAAACAAAGGCAGAAACAAAGUGUCCUGCAGCCGAGGGAGGUGCAGCAGGAGCCAGCCCGGCUCCCAGAGCGGGAACAAUGGGAACAGCAGCCGGCUGUGCUUCACCCCAUUGUUUGCAGCCUGAACCUCCUGCCUCCAGCUCAGCCGCUCCCGGCGGAUCUGAGAGAACCGAGCCCGAUUUAGAAAGUGCUGCUGCAGCAGGAGGCACAGCCACAGCCCCGGGAGCAGCAGGAGAGCGGCAGGGGGGUGGGGACGGGGCUGGGCAUGGGCAUGGGCAUGGGGAUGGGCAUGGGGCAGGGUGCCCCAUCCUGCGGGAGGUGAACCCCGAGGACGGCAGCGAGCGCAUCCUGAGCGAUCACCGCACGCACUGCCCCCUGCACUUCCACAGCUCCCUGCUCUACCAGCUGGACUGA